UAUAGGUGUUCUUGGAUUUCUUGUUUGGGCUCAUCAUAUGUUUACUGUGGGCUUAGACGUUGAUACCCGUGCUUACUUCACCGCAGCUACCAUGAUCAUAGCGGUCCCCACUGGAAUUAAAAUCUUUAGUUGGAUCGCUACCAUGUGGGGGGGUUCGAUACAAUACAAAACACCCAUGUUAUUUGCUGUAGGGUUCAUCUUUUUGUUCACCGUAGGAGGACUCACUGGAAUAGUCCUGGCUAAUUCUGGGCUAGACAUUGCUCUACAUGACACUUAUUAUGUGGUUGCACAUUUCCAUUAUGUACUUUCUAUGGGAGCCGUUUUUGCUUUAUUUGCAGGAUUUUACUAUUGGGUGGGCAAAAUCUUUGGUCGAACAUACCCUGAAACUUUAGGUCAAAUCCAUUUUUGGAUCACUUUUUUCGGGGUUAAUCUUACCUUCUUCCCCAUGCAUUUUUUAGGGCUUUCGGGUAUGCCACGUCGCAUUCCCGAUUAUCCAGAUGCUUACGCAGGAUGGAAUGCCCUUAGCAGUUUUGGCUCUUAUAUCUCUGUAGUUGGGAUUUGUUGUUUCUUCGUGGUCGUAACAAUCACUUUAAGCAGUGGAAAGAACAAAAGAUGUGCUCCAAGUCCUUGGGCUGUUGAAGAGAAUUCAACCACACUGGAAUGGAUGGUACAAAGUCCUCCAGCUUUUCACACUUUUGGAGAACUUCCAGCUAUUAAGGAGACCAAAAGCUAAAGUAAAAGAAAACUUUUUAAAAUGAAAGAGACGAAGGAGACGAAAAGCAACUAAGAACCUAACAGAACUUCUUGUUUUUCUAAGGUUGGAAAGAGUGACUUUUUUGAAUUCCCUCCCUUUCUACGCUCUAAAAAGAGAUCAUGGCAU